AUGACCCAGCUCUCCACUCGUCGGCGCGUCUACGCCGAAACCCACAUGUUCAUCCAUGAUAAUGAGAGGUAUUUUGACGAUUAUAUGGUCCACGAGACCCACAAACCUCCUCGUCGAUUGCCCGGCCCCGGAACAGCGGAGCUUCGAAAGCUAUGGCUUCUACGACCCAAGCCCACAAUGAUACACAACUCCGGGUACCACUACAUGUCUUUACGCGAUAAUGCGGCGAAAAGGCUGACAUGGAGGGGGUCGUUUGAGCACUGGAACUCCGAGGGCAUUGAGUUGCACUUGGACAGGGCUUCUGUUGACAAGGCCGGCCGCUCCGCUGCGAGUCGCACGACUUUAUCCGAGAAAAGAUCGCCAAGGGCGUGCCAAUUUACUGCUAGGGGUUAG